AUGAGAAAUUUGAGUUAGAGCGUGGAAAGGCGAGCACCAUGGAGGCCCUGCUCAAUUCCAAUCUCAACGCUUCGGCGCCAUUAAAAAUCAGCAGGUAUUCUAAUGGCGCUUCCAAGACGUUGCCGGUUCGAAGCUCGUGCAAGUGGACGCCAUUACCGGUGAGUCCUUUAGUCCCCGGGAAGCUCUCCCUGAGCAGCAGAUCGCUUAAGAGGGAUUUCUUGGCGCUUCGUGUUUUAGAGAGGCCGACGGUAGGGAUCAGCUACGAGAUCUCGGGAGCAGGAGCAGAGCCGUCGAUUCGGAGGCUGGAUGUGAAGCCUACGAUUCUUGUCGCGGAAAAGCUGGGCGAAGCAGGGCUUGAGGUGCUUCGAAGCUUUGCGAACGUUGACUGCUCGUAUGGCCUCACGCCUGAGGAGCUGUGUUCAAAGAUCUCGCAUUGCGACGCUAUUAUCGUGCGCAGUGGAACAAAGGUGUCACGAGAGGUGUUCGAAUCUUCGAAGGGACGCCUCAAGGUCGUUGGAAGAGCCGGCGUGGGGAUUGAUAAUGUGGAUCUCCAUGCCGCAACAGAGUACGGGUGUUUGGUGUUAAAUGCUCCCACUGCAAACACUGUAGCGGCUGCAGAGCACGGCAUAGCACUUCUUGUCGCCAUGGCAAGGAACGUGCCUCAGGCCAGCGCUUCCAUGAAAGAGGGUAAGUGGCAGAGGAAUAAAUAUGUGGGGGUGUCACUAGUGGGAAAGACUCUUGCAGUCAUGGGCUUUGGGAAGGUUGGAUCAGAAGUUGCUAGGCGUGCAAAAGGAUUGGGGAUGCAUGUUGUUGCGCACGAUCCAUAUGCCGCUGCUGACAGGGCACAUGCCAUUGGUGUGGAUUUAUUAUCAUUCGAUAAGGCUAUUUCUGUUGCCGAUUUCAUUUCCCUCCAUAUGCCCCUGACUCCUACUACAAACAAGAUUUUCAAUGAUGAAAGUUUUGGUAAGAUGAAGAAGGGAGUGCGCAUUGUGAAUGUUGCUAGAGGAGGUGUUAUAGAUGAGGAUGCUCUGGUGCGGGCACUUGACAAUGGUGUUGUUGCUCAGGCUGCACUAGAUGUAUUUACAGAAGAACCUCCAGCUAAAGACAACAAGUUAGUGCAGCAUGAGAAGGUCAUUGUUACACCUCAUUUGGGUGCGAGUACAGUAGAAGCACAGGAAGGUGUGGCUAUAGAAAUAGCUGAAGCUGUUGUUGGGGCCCUGAGAGGUGAGCUGUCCGCAACAGCUGUAAAUGCACCUAUGGUUCCUGCUCAGGUGCUCUCCGAACUUUCUCCCUACGUAAUGUUAGCAGAAAAGCUGGGAAGGCUUGCUGUACAGUUAGUAGCAGGAGUUAGUGGUGUGAAAGUAGUGAAGGUGACCUAUACCUCUGCUAGGGCUGCAGAUGAAUUGGACACAAGGUUGCUUCGUGCAAUGAUUACUAAAGGAAUAAUUGAACCUGUAUCAGAUUCAUUUGUGAACCUUGUCAAUGCCGAUUUUGUAGCAAAGCAAAGGGGUCUGAAAAUAGCUGAGGAAAAAGUACCUGGUGAUGGCUCACCUGCACUACCGUUGGAUUCAAUCCAAGUACAACUUGCACAUGUGGAGUCCAAAUUUGACAGUUCAUUGUCUGAAGGUGGAGACAUCACAGUUGAAGGGAAGAUUAAAGAUGGAAUUCCACGCCUUAUUAAGGUUGGGAACUUUGAUGUGGAUGUUAGUCUUGAGGGAAGUCUCAUACUUUGCAGGCAAGUUGAUCAACCUGGCAUAAUUGGAAAAGUGGGAAGCAUUCUUGGAUCUGAAAAUGUCAACGUGAACUUCAUGAGUGUUGGGAGAACUGCUCCUAGGGGGAAGGCUAUCAUGGCAAUAGGGGUAGAUGAUGAAGCUCCAAAGGAAACUUUAAAGAGGAUUCAUGAAGUUCCGGCAGUUGAAGAAAUCGUAUUCCUCAAGUUGUAGCCAGAUAAUUCUGCUUGAGGCAGCAGAGUCAACCAGGUCAACUACAUGCUCUAUAUGCUUUAUGGAGUUGGCAUUAGCAGCAAAGCUAAAUUAUAUGGCACAAGCAGAAAACAGCUUUGGUAUUUCUACAUCAUGUGAGUCAAGAUAAUCUAAUAUCAUUCAUUCAAUUUCGAGUAUUAAAAAAAAUCUCUCAUUGCCGCAGCUGGGGAAGGAUAUAUGAUUGUAACCAGCUCUUCAUGUCCUCAUUCUUCUUGUAUUCUAUUGGUUAUUUUGGACCAGACAUUCUGGAGGUUGUAUUUGUUUUCCUGAUAUUUCAUAUGUUACUUCAUGGAAAAGGGUAUGUAUGAAAUUUCGGGUUGCAAGCAUUACUGUUUUAGCAAAUAUGUAUAUUUGCUUAUCCUAAAGGAUUGUGAUGCCGUACACAUGGCAUUCCAUAUUAUGUAAUCUGUGUUUCUAUUGUGCUUUGUUGAUCUCAGCAUUUAUAUUAAAAUCAGUUGCCUCAUUGUCUUUA